UGGCGCCAAGCCAAUUUCGAUAUUAAAUUUCAAAGGUUAUGCAUUCCAAAAUCCAACGCGUCGUCAUGGAGACCACGUGGACGCGACAGCGCGAAUCGACGUGUGUCAGGAAGCCAAGAUCAAACAUACAUGCCUCAUCAUGCUUUACGUCGAGACAACCGCACUUGCUGGUGCGCCAGUGCUGCCAAGGCAGGAAGGGUUUGGCAGGGUGGAAUGUUGUCGUCGCACAAUUGUUGGGGUGGAUGUUCAUAUCCAGGGAGGAGAUAAACCCCCGCCACGCCAUCGUCGUCGAAUCCAGUCUCGACCAGUUCACGAAGGUCUGCAUGCGCCUUGAGAAGUUGGGCCCACUCCGUCACUUGCUGCUGAGCAAGUGCAACGAGCAAUGCCUUCACGUGCUGCUGCAGCAGGCGUUCAUGUUCGACUAGUCGCGGAAAUGGCAUUUUGCACGAAAGCAGCAAGCUUGUCACCUUGUCGAGAAGUGGCUGCAAUACCGUCGCCGAGUCAUCCUUCGCCUCGCCACGGGCUUGCAUGUCGCUGGUCCAUUGCAACACGGACGGCAAGAGGUAGGGAUAAAAGUCACACGUUCGCUGGACAAGUGGGUGGCAUUCCCGAGAUAAUGCUGACGGUAGCACCGCUUCCAUCACUGUAUUGCGCCACGACUCGAACGAUUCCUGCCAAGCAUUGGCAUUCGAUUCGAGUGGAACAUGCUGGCCAUAGCCGCGAUAAAGCCACUCUUUGGACGCCGCCCGAUGAAGCACAAUGCGGCGCAGGACGUAGCUGAUGUGCACUGCAUAAAGCCCAAAUUCAUGGAUAUUGGUCGCGGUGGACGCUGCGGACGCCACCAUGGUUUCGUGGAGAUGGCAAGUCUCUUCCAGGUCAGCGUUGGGUUGCAUCGAGUGGAGAAGCUCUGCCUUGGACAAGUCGGACAUAUCUGGGAAGCUGUCGUCCAAACAUUGGAAUGGAUGAGGAAGCAGCUGGUCAUGCAUGAGCACCAACGCAUUGCAAAGUCGAGGGGCUGGCAUCGGCACCACGAGCGCCACACGCACGAACGCAGGGAGAAGCAGCGAGCUAGGACAUCGUUUCCCGAGAUGAUCUCGCUGCAUGCGGCGUUGAAUCUUCAGAAGGUCUUCGUUGGCCGCGCUGUGCCACGUCGUUGCUGUAGGAAGUGGGACAUGGGCAGCAAGGGCCUGGAUCGCGACGAGAUGCCGCAUCCGCGCAUCUGCAAGACGCUUCUGUCGUUUGGCAGCUCGGAAUUCCUUCCUCAACUUGGCGUAAGCACUGCCCAACCUAGCAAUAUCUGCGACGGAUGACUGCAAGGUCGACGUCCACGCGACCAACGCUGACGAAGGAAGGGACGAUGGCGUGGGUGAUUCGGAAGGACUCGGUAACUUUCCAAGUACAAAAAGUUCACUCGACUUCGAGGGCGUGGAGCUUUGCAUGGCUUGUGCGACAUGUGUGGCAGCUCCCUGGGGCUGUGGCGUGGUUGCAUGCAGCACAGGCAAUGAGGCGGCAGUGACGGCGUCAUGCGACUUGUUACAGUGCGAUAAUGUGCCAUCGAGAGGACAGAUGGAGGGGACGGCGCUUGUAGCGAUGCUGAGAUCUUUCGAGGAAACAGUUGAGAUGGUCUUCGGCGUCUCACGCUUUGAUACAUUUUGUGCGCUUGACAACGAGUUGGGUACUCCCCCAGAUGACAAUGACAAUUUCACGAUGGCUUGGGGGGCUUUGCUUUUGUUUUGCUCUGGGCGUGGGGGAGGCGAGGUUGGAGUUCGUGUCGGAGUGUCCAAGAUUUCGAUGACAUUGGGCUCUUGUUGACGUAGACGUUUCUUUGGCGUCAUCUCCUGUGGCGGCGAUGCAUUCGUGGUGCUAGGAUUCCGCGGAGUCUCGCUCGUGGAAACAGGGGAAGCAUUUUGUACAAUGGGUGCAUGAGUCAAACGCGGCGCUGUCCGUGGAGGAGGUUUGAUGGAGUUUACACAUUUGCGAAUGGGUACGGGUUGGGGCACGGGGGUUGCAGAUACGACUGCAUGUACACGAUUCCGCCCCUUUGACGCAGCUGGUUGCUUGGAUGAAGCCGUGGGUUGAGCAGUCGAUGCGCUGGUCCGUUGAGAUUUGGCGACUUUUUGUUUGUGGAGGACGUUCUGGUGUGCGUCGUCAAUCAACUGCUGUGCCAGCCUUGCUCCAUGGUUCGCUCGAAGCACAUUUUGGCCUGCAACUGAGAUAUAGCUCUGCGAUGCUGAUGAGGCCACCUUGAGUUUCAGCGUUGUGUUGGAUGUGGCCCCUGCAACCGUAAUCUUGGCACCUCGAUGGCCGACGAUGUGUGGAAUCAUCGCGCUGGCAGUAUCAUCAUCUAUGCCGUCGGGAAAAUUGACUCGCUGCAUCGCCAUGCUUGCUAUUGGCGUCAGGUUUUCCUCCCGCAUCGCGCCACCGAAGGACGCGCCAAUCGAGAUGCCCGACAUGGCCGAUCUCGC